GACACCGCUUUCACAUGGAUGUGUAUGGGGCCGCCCAUCUUGCCUUUCUGCCUGGUCAAUGCUUUUAUCGCGCUGCUGAGUUGCUGCUCGUGUGUCUACUGCUUCAAGGUAACUUAUCAAGUCGAAAGGGAGCCGGCUGUUGAUGAUUUGUCCGUCAUGUCGUCGCUUACAACGCUUUUACACGUGAAGAAAGAAAGACGCUGCUUGAUGCGCAUGAUCUCUCUGAUUGCUGCUGUGACACCAAAACAACAAUCACCGUCAACCGGAGCAUGAAAAAAUAAUCGAUCAUGUCUGAGAGCAGUGGGGAACAGCAGGAAAACUCG